GUGUCCAGCACCACCGCCGACCAUGUCUACACCCGGUCCUGAUCACCACAAAGUUACGCAAGAUCUACUGGAGUCGUGUGCCACUGGAGAUAUAGCUCGACUCCAGUCGGCACUGACGGAAGCUGCUUCCUGCGACCCACUCUCCAUACCACCCGCUACGCGUCUUCUUCAGGAUGCGGCCAGAUAUGGCCAGGCUGACCUGAUACGUUACAUGUUUGCCAAUCUCCCUGAGUUUCAAAAGGACAAGCCAUGGUGGCCAGUAAAACCCUCCGCCUACGAGGAAUCGCAAGAGAUUGUGACCAACGAAUACAAGAAGUGGGGUAUGAUUUCGGAUGGAGCGGUCACUGCAGCCCUUGAAGGGGCCAAUCCUGCGGCAGUUUUCGCGGUAUAUUUGGACUACGGAAUGAAAGUUGACUACUGGGUUGACCUUCUCGGCCCUUUGUUCUCAGUUGCGGUCGGCCCUUUGCUCUGGAGGGCAGUAGAAAGAUCGCUGGAGCUUGCCAAAUUGCUUUUGGACCAAGGUGCAGACCCGAACGUCCAAGACUACAAGGGUGAAUGGGCGAUUGCUCUGGCUGCGAGUAUGUCGACUCCGGAUAUGAUCUCGUUGCUGGUGGACAAUGGAGCUUCUAUUCAUGGGAAAAAGGUGCUUCGUAGGCCGGUGGUGGACCGGAAUAUGGCCAAUGUGGAUCGGCUUCUGGAACUAGGUGCUGACGUAAAUGAAGACAUCAAAGACAUGGAUUGGAGAAAACGUCCAGCCGUUGAGAUAUCCCCUGGAAAUGUCCUUCAUUGUGCUAUCCGAGAGAAACCAUUUAAAGAGACUCAUAUUUCCCUAGAAGAGAUGGUCGAGUAUCUACUUGAUCGCGGAGUUGAUAACCCCCUCCAGCUUGCCCGUGAGAAAGGAGAGGUCAAUUUGACACAACUUCUGGAGCAGAGGUCGCCAUAGAUGCGGCUCUAAUAGGAUCUCUACUUUUAAUAUAUUUUCAAGGACUAGACGAGAAAUCCCCACAAGCUAUAAACUUGGA